AUGUAUGCAACAUCUUCUUCGACUCUGUUUCCAACACCACAAAGUCUCUUUCUUUCUCCUCAUCUUCCUCCAAGAUCUUUCCUUUAUCGUUGGUGCUAUGGCGGCGGUUCGUUCUAUAACCGAAGGAGUUGUGAUCAAAGAGGGAGGAAAUGGAGCAUAGUAACGAAAGCUAGACUCUCUCCUUAUGAGGUUCUUGGUGUGUCUCGUUCGGCGACACCUCAAGAUAUAAAGAGGGCGUACCGUAGACUAGCUCUCAAGUAUCACCCUGAUGUUAAUAAAGAGGCAAAUGCACAGAAGUUUCUGAGGAUAAAACAUGCGUACACCACUUUCAUAAACUCUGAGUCACGGCGUAAGUACGAGUCAGAUAGUCGUGAGUCUGCUGGAUAUUCAGGUCCAACAAGCCGAAAAAGCAACAGGGAUUUCUUCAAAGAUCUGGAAGAAGAGUUCAAGAACUGGGAAGCUAGUGCGUCCUUUUCACAAGGAACACCUAAAAAGUCUUUGGGAGGAACUUGCGGCUCUGACUCUCAUGUUGUUAACUUGACAUUUUAUUCUCAGGAAAUUGGGGAAGAAUUUGUGGAGUUUCUUGAGAAAGAACUUAACAUAAGCGAUGAAGACAAUGAUGAACCAAGCAAAAAAGGAGAAAGAUUUGAUUUUAACGAAAGAUCCUCAAGGGACAGGAAGAACAGUAUAGAAGGGAAUAUUGAUGAGAUAGAAGCAACCCUAGCUCAACUCAAAAAAGAUUUUGGCUUGCAAUAA